AUGACACUCCUCUAUCACCUGGGUAAUGGUGUUUUUGGGAUAUUCGAUGCUUUCGAAACAACCGAUGAUCGUCAAAAGCAUUUGUCUGGUGAAAUUGCAACUGCUCUUUUUGAACAAGCACCGCAUCUGUUGGCUGUUCAACCUAUUAUUGAACAAGUUGAUGUUUUAGCAUCCAAAUCAAUUGUUGCACAAAAAACGUGA